UUUCUAUGGUACAGUAGAACCGUAAACAUUUCAUCUGUUGAUAGUUUAUCAGCUGUUUUUGAUGAUUGCUUAAAGUUGUGGAUUCUUUCAAAAUACGUAGUGUGUAUACAGAAAUAAAAGAUGUCGUAUUCACCGCCGUCUCUCUACAAUUUAACCUUGAGGGUGGCCUCUGAAAAAACGCUUGUGGAUGCUUUGUUUUACAAAACAUGGGUAAAAGAACUGAGAAGUCUUCCAAAUAAUAUUCUUUUCGAUUGUUAUUAUAUGCUUUAUUCAAGAGACCAUUUAUGCAUACUAAGCGAUGAACUGAGUGAUGUUAAUGUUAUAAAUAGACUCAUUUUAGUCCCAAAUAAUCGUACCAAAUUGUUAAGGUUGAUUCAAUCUCAACUUGAUCAUGGAAGCAAACCACCGCUAGGUGUAUCCACUGCCUUACUUUCUAAUUUCAUCAAACUUGCUAAAGCUCCUAUAGUAGAUAAGAGUUUAAUCAAUAUCGGAUUGAGAUUAGGAAGCUUAUUGAAUGAAGGAGGAUGGUAUUCUUGUUGCAAAGAUUUAAUGGUUACGACAGAUUAUUUAUGCCAGAGAUUUCCAAGGAAUAAAUUUAUAAGGAAUAAACUCCUCCAAUGCUACCAGAGGAAACUAUAUGCAGAAGUUCAGUUUAAGGAUUUAGAAGGUGCUGAACAUACUUAUACAAAAGCACUUCAAGUUAUAGAGGAUUUAAAAAGAUAUGAUGAUCGUCCAAACCUAGCAUUGAUUUUUUCUAAUUUUUCUGGUUUAUUUUACAUGAAAAGUGAUUAUUCUAAGGCAAUAAAGUGGUCUCGGAGAGCACUAAGAGCACUUCAUAAGGAUUUAUGCAUAAGAAUUGUUAUCGAAGUGUUGAGGCAAGCGUCGAAAGCGUCCAUUGUGAAGAGAUAUUUCAAUCAGGCCGGUCUUUUGAUCAAACAGGCCCUGAAUCUAGCGACCGAUGUUUGGGCAAUUGAUCGGCAUCCACGUUUCGCAGAUACCUUGAGCGAUUAUGGAUUUUUCCUGUUGAAUUCAGACAACACAGACGAAAGCGUCAAAGUCUACCAGCAAGCGUUGAAUAUUAGAUCAUCAGUUUUUGUUAAAUACAACAUAAACGUAGCCAUUGCACACGAAGAUCUUGCUUAUGUUUUGUAUGUUCACCAAUAUAGUUCUGGGAGUUUCACUACCGCGAGUACUCAUGCGGAGACUGCGUUAAGGAUCAUGGACAAAGUAAUUAGGGGGGAUAACCUCCUUAAGUCUUCAGCAAAACGAGUGAAGGCCCUUAUACUGGAGGAGAUAGCUUUGGACCUUCCAGGUGCAGAUAUCAGAUUUUUAGUGGAGAAUUAUUUUAGAGAAGCCGAGGAAUUGCACAAGGAGGCUUUGGCAUCUUCCUUGAAGACGUUUGGCGAGAAUAACCUUCUAACAGCAAAGCAAUAUGGUAAUUUGGGAAGGUUAUAUCAGAGCAUGAAAAGGUUCGACGAGGCUGAAAAAAUGCAUCUUGCUGCUAUCGCAAUCAAGGAAGAAUUGUUAGGACCAUAUGACUAUGAAGUAGCUCUAAGUGUAGGACAUUUAGCUUCGUUAUAUAAUUAUCAGAUGGGUCGUUACAAGGAAGCAGAAGAACUGUACAAAAGAUCUAUCGAAAUCAAUAUCGGUUUAUUUGGAGAAAGUUAUUCAGGUUUAGAAUACGAUUAUAGAGGAAUUGCUCAUAUUUAUAUUAAAUUAGAGGACCUACCAAAAGUGCAAUUAUACCAACAGAAGAUGAGAGAUUGGACAAGGCUCCGCAAUGAAAUUCCACCUAUACGUUAUGAUGAUGAAGUUUUACCCGUAGACCAAAUUGUGGCUAACUAUUUUAAAAUGUGUUAGGUAUUCUAGUCAUUUUUGAAAAUUUUUUAAUAAAAAUUUUGUAUCGUUGUUUCAAAUGUUAACAGGAUGAUUCUUUAUCAUUUUUCUUUAUUAUUGCUUUAUAUCACCAUAUACAGGGUGUUUGGACAAACAUUUAUAGUCCUUUAUAUGACAUCAGGAGACUAAAUUUCGUCAUUUUUCAGCAACAGUGUGACCUUCGAUGUAACAGUUUCCAGUCACAACUUGGUAUUUCUUGGUACUCAAUUCGAGCAUUUUGAAGUAUUUUCUUCAGAAUUUUAUACUGUAUUUGAAUUUAGUCCAAAAAAAAAAAAUAUUGAAUUGUAAUCAGACACCGUUUUUAGAAGGUUACACAAAACUCACCAGACUCAACUGUAUUCUGCUCAAAAAUGACAUCAGACACCAUGUAUCUUGCAGUGAAAAUCUUUUGAUGUCAUCUAUUCGAAUAUAUGUUCGUUCAGUUUAUGGUGAAACAAUCUCUUGUUUGUUUGAGAAGCACCUUCAUGUACAUAACAGCUUUUUUUUGUUUUGAUGAAUAUUACUCACAAUUACAGUGCAACUGUACAACUGUUUUCAAUUUUAAAAAAGAAACGUCUAUGUCGACUUUUCUCCAGUGACCAAAAUCUACAAAUUAGGAAAAACAAGUGACGAGGAUUUUGUUUAAUCUUUUUAUUAAAAAACAAAACCAGUAUAACUGUUCGAAUUGAAAAAAUUUGAUGAGUCUAGUGUUAUAAAAAAAGAUGUGAUACGUUUAUAUUUUUUGUUUGCGAUCCUUCGGAAAGAUCAUAAAUUAUUAAUUUUUUCGUAAUAUUUAUUGUAAUUAUUUUUGAUUCUAUAUGCUAUUUACUCGAUAAAAAUCUGAUUUAAAUGAUAUGAUUUUUUUUUAGCUGUUAAAACAUUCCUAUUGAUCUUUUUUGUUUUUAUUAUAGAUUGUGAUGAGAAAUUUUAAUUGAAGUUUGAAAUUAUAUGUUGAAUCGAAAAUAAACUAAUUUAAUGUU